AUGGGCAACCAAGGUUCCUCGCCUCAUGAACCGUUGGACCGAGUCCAGGUGCAAAAUGGGGAUCUAAAAAUGAAGUCCUCAGUCCGUAGUUCGUUGAGACGGGCGCGGGCGGGGGCUGCGCUGUCGCCGCCUCGCGCCGGCAUGGAGCGUCUGAGGCGCUCCUUUAGGGAAUCCUUCCGUAGGAGGAAGGGCUCCCCCCCAGAGUCUGCCAGGCCUCACCAGUGGCACGCAGACGAGGCCGCGGUCAGGGCCGGGACCUGCACCUUCCCUGUAAAGUACCUAGGAUGUGUUGAAGUCUUCGAGUCACGGGGAAUGCAAGUCUGCGAGGAGGCGCUUAAAGUAUUGAGAAAUUCCCGUCGCCGGCCCGUCCGUGCAGUUCUUCACGUGAGCGGUGAUGGAUUGAGGGUUGUGGAGGAGGAAACCAAAGGUCUGAUAGUCGAUCAGACCAUAGAGAAAGUCUCCUUCUGUGCUCCCGACAGAAACCACGAGAGGGGGUUUAGCUACAUAUGUCGUGACGGUACGACACGUCGUUGGAUGUGUCACGGUUUCCUCGCGUCCCGGGACAGCGGGGAGCGUCUAUCGCACGCCGUGGGAUGCGCGUUCGCGGCUUGCCUCGAGAGGAAACAGAGGAGAGAUAAAGAAUGCGCUGUAUCUAUGAGUAUAGACGCCGCCAGCCACGCGUUCACAAGACAGGGGAGCUUUAGAAAAUCAGGUAUAACAAGUCGUCGUACAUCAGAGCCGGCAGAGCUGCCACAGUCUCCUGUCAGCGUGACUACCCCCGGCUCGGGGCGGGUCGCUCACAAUCCCUUCGCGGUGGAGCGGCCCCAUGCUGCGCCACACCUGCUAGAGAGACAAGGCUCCUUCCGCGGCUUCGCUCAUCUCAAUAACAAUUCGCCAUUCAAGCGGCAGAUGUCGCUACGUAUAUGUGAGCUGCCUUCCAACUUGGAGAGACAACGAAUCGGUCUCGGUUCUCCUUCCAACGGCGUCCCAGCGUUACCUGCGGCGCCCGCUGUACCUGCGUUGCCCACCCUACCUACACCAAGCCCUAAACCAGACGUAGCCGCUGUUGAGGAUAAGUCAUCUGAUCCGGUAGCUGAGAUGUGUCAGCAGUUGUCUCUUGGUCUUCGCGCAUUGGCUGAGGAGCCUGUCCCAGCGGCGGCGGGGGCCCUGCCUCACCCCGACGCGUGGCUCGGUCGGGUCGCUCGAGCCCCCGCACUAGCGAGCGCUGGCAGAGCUGCCUCAUUCGCUGGUCGAGCUGCUACUAACCCCUUCAUCACCGCCCCCGCGCCGCUAUAG